UUCUGAGCGCCAUUCUCAUCACAAUUAUGCGUUUCACCUGCUGCUAAGUGUCUCCUGAGGCCUUUAACUUUGCAGUUGGUGUGUGAUCAUGGUUUGGGGUUACGGAUGAACACGACUUGGAACCAUGUCAUUUCUGGAAGUGGAGUGCCUUUGAGGACUACCUUCUCUUUUGUUUCGGCUUCAGCGUCGUGUGCGCCGUGGUCACCAUGCUGCUGCUGGACUACGCCGUGUUCGUGGAGAUGUUGGGCUCCCUGGCCGUCAUGUUCGAAGCCAUGCUGGGCGUCCCGCAGCUUUUGCAGAACCUCCGCAACCGCUCCACCAGAGGCAUGAGCGUCAAGAUGGUCCUACUGUGGACCGCCGGGGACGUCUUCAAGACCACAUACUUCGUGACCAACCAAAGCCCGUGCCAGUUUUGGAUGUGCGGUGCAGUUCAGAUCCUCAUCGACGUGGCCAUUCUCCUCCAGAUCCCACAUGAUGCCACCACGGGCCCGUCCUAAUCCUGCCUCGGCCACGGAGGAUCCCCAUCAGUCCCUGGACACCUCAGCGCCGCAUUUGGCUCCUGCUCGUCCUGCACAUUUGUCAGCCACUGAUCCGUCUUAACGCACUCUUGCCUCACACCGAGAUUACCCGCUGAUUUGCCGCUGAGGUUCUGAUAGAGUGGGCGAGCCUAUUUUAUCCUCUGAUGGCAACUUCAAAAGUCAUUCAAAUGUGACAGGAGGUUGGUUGCCUGAUGCGCUCACCGCCAAACUUUAGAUGUACCUCAUAAAUUCAAAGCCAAAGGCUCUCAGUCGACGGUUUUGUGCAGGUCUCUGAGAUCAAAGAGACUUCAAAGACAUUGAGCUGCAACUCUGCGAGCACGUCUUUUGGACCUGUCACCAAAACAGGACAAUGGACCGGGCAGCUUUGUCCUGAAAAAACAAGUCUUUUCCCAAGCUGAUCCAAGGUGUGUACGUUCCGGAUGCUGCCAUGCCCAUCAUCAGCAAUGCUAACCACGACUUCAGCAACCUGUCCGUCAGUGACGACAGCAGUCUUGACCACAUCUUCACAGAGAUUCCAGAGACUGAGACUAUCAAGGGUGUUUAUUACCAAAGGGCUCAGUUCAUCCGUCAACCAGAGGACCUGGUGUCCGUAGACCACCGCUUACUAGCAGUGAUUAAUGUCGGAGGGAACCGCUACACCUUCCCUUGGACUACACUGCAGCAGUUCCCACUCACUCGCCUGGGACGCCUGUGUGGCUGCAGGUCACCCGAGGACAUUGCCAACGUCUGCGACGACUAUGACGAAGCACGGAAGGAAUUUUUUUUCGACCGCUCGCCAUCCGCCUUCAGGGUCAUCCUCAACUUCCUGGCGGCGGGCAAACUGCGCCUUCUGCGGGAGAUGUGCAUCCUCUCCCUGCACGACGAGCUCACCUACUGGGGCGUGGAGAUGGCCUACAUGGAACGCUGCUGCAAGAGGAAGAUGUACACGCGCAUGGAGGAGGUCAACGAGCAAGAGCGGCAGGAGGAGGAGCGAAGGCAGAGGAAUGCCAUGCAGCGGGUGCCCGUGGAGGAGACCACCUACCGGAAAGUUAUGAACCGGCUCAGAGACAUGGUGGAGAACCCGCAGUCCGGCUUGCCGGGGAAGAUCUUCGCCUGCCUGUCGGUCAUCAUGGUGGCGGUGACUGUGGUCAGCUUGUGUAUCAGCACCAUGCCAGACCUCAGGGAGGAAGAGGAUAGGGUAAGUGAGUCACACUAUAAGUACUACUUUCACUUAACUAUGCUGCACAAUAUACAACGCGUCCGUAAUACAUUUGACGUAUAUAAUGCAUAUUGUCCCUCAAAUUAUUGCUGAUAAGCAAUUAUUAUUGUUAGUAUAUAUAAUAGCUGAAUUUCCCCCGGUACUUUCUAUUCUAUUCUAUUAUUGUCAGCAUUAUUUUGAGACAAACUGAAGCACAAAUGUAGUUAAAAUACACAAUAAUAGCAACGUAAAAACUCUUUUGAAAUGCAAUAAACUUUUAUUUCUCAUUUGGUACUUAUACCAUCAGAAUCAUGAGUUGAAAAACUUUUGAUAAAUAAACAAACAA